UCUCGGCUCUCGGCUUUAUCGCGCCUCUAUUUUUCCCUGAACCGCUCGGCCCAUCCGGGAGUUCUGCAGGGACCGGCUGAGGGAGAGUCUCCGGGCUGGAUGAGUCAAACUGAGGCUGGACGGUGACUGCAGCGGCGAUGGAGUGUUUCAACGACCUUCUGCUGAAGCUGAGGGAGGUUCACGAGCGAGAAGUGGAGGGCUGGCAGGGGAAGGUCCAGGAGCUGUCGAACAAGAAGGGCUGUGACACAAAGCGAAUGGAGGAACUGUUCACCAGAAACCAGCAGAUGAAAGAACAGCAGAGAUUGCUCACCGAGAACAUCAAGACUCUGGAAAACAGGCUGAGGGCGGGACUCUGCGACAGAUGUACAGUAACGCAGGACGUGGCCAAGAGACGGCAGCAGGAGUUUGAAGCUACGCAGAUUCAGAGCCUCCAGCACAUCUCCCUCCUGGCCGGAGAAAUUAACAACCUGAAGAAGGACAACAAAAGGCUGAGAGAUGAGAUCAGAAAUUUAAGAGCAGCACUUGACAGAGGUCCCAGCAACUACUCCUCCAGCAGCAGCAGCAGCACGUCGGAGGUCAAACCAAACAGCUCUCCUGAGCUUUCGCCGUCCUCCUCCGGACCUGUGGCCCUCGUCACCAUCCCAGCAGCCGGCAGAGCCGCAAACCAGCCAGCAGAUGGCGAUGCUGCAGUGAAACGCGAGGUGGACCAAAGAGCUGAAGAGAGCGAGCGGAGGCAGCUGAGAGGAACGAACCGAAGCCAUCUGGAGUCCUACAAGCCUCUUCAACUGUCUCCGUCUCUGACUUUACCCAUCUGGAAGGUGGAACCCAACACAAGGGAGAGAAGAUCUCAAGGUGUUGAAGACCAGCGUUUCUCCAUCCCCCCUCACCUGAAGACCUCCUCCUCCUCCUCCUCCUCCUCAUCAGCUGGUGGAGAUGUGAAGCCCAGCAGACAUGUUCUCCACGCUCCUGUUCCCUGCCGCCCCCAACCCACCAAGAGCAGCCCAGUUUCCCUCCCCUGGCCCUUAUCCGAGUCCUCUGAGUGGGUCAACAUGGCGGCCGCAGGCACCAACCCGCUGUUGCAUAUGUCUCCAAAGCUAAACCUGCCUCGCUUCCCCAACCUGAUCCCAAGCAGCCAACAUCAAAGCCCUCGAAGACCCGGCUUCGGUUCUCCCUGGCAGAAGCAGAGCGCCUCUCAGCCCCCCAGCAAAGAGCCGACGGUGGUCUUCAAGUUGAGAGGCUUGACAGAUUUUGCAGAGAGUCAAAUUACAUCUCCGGAGAAGAAGGAAAGCCCGUCGUCUUUAAAGGCUGAGAGUGUCUCUGGAGAAGCAUACGAUGGACCGCUGGACCUGUCUGACCGAGGGAAGUCCAAAUCCAGCCAGGCGGCCAGAGAGGAUUCACCUUUAGACUUACAAGGUGGAGCAAAGCUGCAGAAGAGUCCUGACAGCGAUGUAAAUCCACCAGUAUCCUCACCGUCUCCUGCUGUCUUGCCUUCAUCCUCCUGUACGGUUAAACAAGAACCAGAGCCAACCAGCGACCACAACCACAAGGUGCCGGAGCAGAACGAGGAGGUGAAUGGAAAAACAGACCAAAGCAACGGAAAGAAAGUGCCUGUCCUCACGAUAUCAUUACGUCCAGUAGUCGUCCUGGAGACUCUGAAUUCUGCUCUACAAAAACAAGAGUCCUUAUCGUCAAAUGGCAAGUCAUCGUCGCCUGAGGACGAACCAGAGAGCAACUCCGACGAGCAGGACGAGGACGAGGGCAGUUCGGGGAGAGAGAGUAGCCGAGGCGUCAAGAGGAAGAGGACGUCCGUGGAGACAGACACCAACAGACACGCCGACUCCACCAACAAGAACCAGGAGGGGAAGAUCAAGAUCACAGCGAGACACGACGAGAAGAGCUCGGGCUAAACGAUGACUUCCCUUUGACUUGGUGAUUUCACAUCAGCCUGCGUUCACCGUUCAGUCGGCUGUAAACACAACACGGACGUCACCGAUAAAGUUCAUCCAGUUGGUAUUUACACACCCAGCAGACCAGAAGCAGCCUCUGCAUUCACUUUGAUUUGGGUCUCUGUUCGUCUGAUGAGUGCAAAUCAAACAUUGGCUUUGCUGUUUAGCUUCGUUUCGCUCUCCGUACGGGGAAACAUGUGGCCCUUUAAGCUCCAGUGCUGACAGUCGAGCUGUAAAAUCAAAUGAGAAAAGCUGGGAACAACAGAGAGGAACCGCCCAAUGAUCUGUGUCUGAGCAGCUGCUUUCAUGAGGAUAAUCGUUUUAAUGCAAAGUUCACAUAAAAACAACGAUCAGAGCAACUUUAAUUUAUUAUUUUUUUAAGGCAUUAUCGAGCUGAAAAAAGAUUCCUGGGAUUAAAUUCAAGUUUGCAUUUCAGCUGACCUUCCAGUCUGGCCCUGACAUGUUUCCUCUGUGUGCAUUUUUAUCAGAUAUACUUUGAUUUCUACUCAUACAGCUGUCUGAACCGGCUUUAGGACAGCAUUUUAUAUGAUGUGUACAAAUGUUAAAGCCCAGAAUUUUAGAAAACAGGUUUUUUUUUUAAAUAGCCUUAAACCUGCACUUAUUGUUUUUUGGCUACUUGGGGGCAGAAACAGAAGCUGCUGAUGUGGAACUCUGCAGGGACGAAGCAAACAUAGCAUUAAUUUGCAUUUAUAUUGCGAAAAUAAAAAAUAAAGUCACUGCCUUUUAAACCAAAACAGUGAGCUAAAGAUUCUAAAGAUCUCUGCGGCGCUGCAGUCGAUGAUAAUUCUCUACGAGCAACUCAUUUCACAGUAAAGUUUGCUAUUUUAUGCAAUCUUAGAUGGAUUUCUAAAGUAUUGCAGCUUUGAUUUAAAAAUAUUAUUUAGGUUAUGGGCUGCACGGUGGCUCAGGGGCUAGAAG